AUGAUUCGUCGCCCAACAAUCAAUCGAGAAUCUGGGCAAGCUCAAUCAUUUCACACUGUUACUGCUCAUCAAGGAACUGGAAGCAAAGGAGAUCGUGAUGUUGAAGUUCGAUUCACUGAGAUGCAUGUAAGAUUUGGAAAAAAGAAUAGGUUUUCGAUUCAAAGUUUAAUUUUUAUAGUUGAUUGGCUCUGGAACAUUUGGAGUUGUUUAUAUGGCAACAUUAUGUGAGAAUGAUGAAACUGUUGCUAUCAAAAAGGUCCCAUUGGAUGAUCGUUUCAAAAAUCGAGAACUCAAUGUGAUGCGAGAAAUGGAUCAUCCAAACAUCACUAGACUUUUGUACUUUUACCAAUCACGUCACGUUAGUUUUUUUCUCUAAUGAUAUCAACCAGGAAAUAGAACAACUUUCGAGAACCCACUUCAACAAAAAAUUUUUUUUAGCCGGAAGUUUAUUUGAACAUGGUGAUGGAAUUUAUGCCAAGUAAUCUCAAUCAAAUUCAUCGUGAAUAUGUUCACAACAAUCAAUUGAUUCCAUCAAUUUAUGUCAAAUUGUAUGGAUUUCAAAUGUUGAGAGGAAUCGGAUUUUUGCAUUUGCAUAACAUUGUUCAUCGAGAUAUCAAACCACAAAAUUUGUUGGUUAAUCAUGAGAAAGGGAUUUUUGAAGUUGUGUGAUUUUGGUUCGGCCAAAACCUUGAAAGAAGGAGAGCCAAAUAUUGCCUACAUUUGCUCGAGAUAUUAUCGUGCUCCGGAGCUGCUCUUUGGCUCAACUACUUACGGAACUCCGAUUGGUAUGGUUUUAUAGACAUCUGUGUUAGGAAGGAAUUUUUUUAGUUAGAUGUUUAUAACGUUACAGAUCAGACAUGCAAUGUCUAAUAGAAAAAAAUAUAGUCGUGCGAUUUUUUGCAAAAUUAAUUAAAGACAUGUUUCAUGUGAGCGAAAAAUAAGCAAUAAUUAAUUAAUCUGUUAAUUGAAAACAUUUCGAGCCCCCGCAUUUUUUUUUGACAAAAAUUCGAAAUAAAAUUUGAAAUUCAGAUACUUGGUCUUGCGGUACUGUAAUUGGUGAAAUGAUGAACAACAGAGCAAUUUUUACCGCCGAUUCAUCGAUCGAUGUAUUGGUUCGCAUUAUUAAAGUGAGCCUAUCUCCGAACCCUAGUUUUCUAGAUUCAUAAUUAAUUUUUUAGUGCAUCGGAUCUCCAUCCAAAGAAGAAAUGGCAAAUCUCAACUGCCGUUACAGCAAUAUUCCUCUCACAAAUCACACUGGAACUGGUUUCCAAAAAAUCAUCACCAAAAAGCUUUCCACUCCAGCUCUUGAAAUUCUCACAAAAUUGUUGCGAAUGGAUCCAACUACCAGAACUAGUCCAUACGCUGCGUUGGCUUUGCCAUUUUUCAAUGAUUUGAGAAGACCAGAUACAAUUCUUCCAAGUGGAAAUCCUCUUCCACAAUUGUUUGAUUGGCUUGAGAAAGAAUUUAUUGUCAAUUCCGAACUCAUUCGUGACGUAAGAAACUUUCCUUUUUUUGAUUUCACAGAGAUAAUGCAUUUUUAGAUUUUCCCCCAGCAACGCAAAUCUUCAACUUCUACGGUUUUGCUUCCAUCAUUGACUCUUUAG